UAGAGUAAAAGGCCUGCGGCUGCGGCAAGUACAAGUUUAAGAUGGUAUAAAACAAGGAGACGGUAGUUUAUAUAAAAAGAUACAGAUACUAAAGAUAGAGAUAUAUGCGAUCUGCAUAUAUAAACAAAGAAAGAGAGAUAGAGAUAGAGAAAGAGAUAGAGAGAGAGAAAGAGAAAGAGACAGAGAGAGAGAUGGAUAAUGAUUCCAAGUUUGAUGGAGAGUCAGCGAGGGUGAUGAUGAAAGAAUUGAGGGAGACUUACUCUACUGGUAAAACCAAGAGUUAUGAAUGGAGGAUCUGCCAGCUCAAUAAUCUUCUCAAGAUUGCCGAGUUUCAUGAACCCGAGAUUCUUCAGGCUCUUCACUCCGAUAUCUCCAAGCCCGAGUUCGAAUCCUUUGUCCAUGAGAUAUGGUUGAUCAAGACAUCAUGUAAAUUGGCAAUUAAGGAACUUAAACGUUGGAUGAAGCCAGAAAAAGUUGGUACAACAUUAGUAACAUUUCCUUCGAGUGCAGAAAUCGUGGCAGAACCUUUCGGAGUUGUAUUAAUCAUAUCAGCGUGGAAUUAUCCUUUCUUGCUGUCUCUUGAUCCAGUUAUUGGAGCUAUUGCAGCAGGAAAUACCGUGGUCUUGAAACCAUCAGAAGUUUCUCCAGCCACAUCUUCAUUGCUCGCAAAAUAUAUAGGGGAAUACAUGGAUAGCUCAGCUGUAAAAGUUGUAGAGGGUGCUAUUCCUGAAACAUCAGUUCUUCUGGAGCAAAAGUGGGACAAGAUACUCUAUACAGGAAACUCAAAAGUUGGACGUAUUGUAUUAGCUGCUGCAGCAAAGCAUCUUACACCUGUUGUCUUAGAGCUUGGAGGAAAAUCUCCUAUUAUUGUUGAUUCAGACAUUGAUCUAAAAAUUGCAGCAAGGCGUAUUAUCUCAGGAAAGUGGGGAUGCAACAAUGGACAAGCCUGCAUAUCUCCGGAUUACAUUAUAACAACAAAAGAUUUUGCCCCAAAAUUGGUAGAUAGUCUGAAACUUCAGUUGCUAAAAUUCUACGGGGAGGAGCCACUGAAAUCAGAUGACUUGUCUCGUGUUGUGAACUCUAAUCACUUUAAUCGGUUGAUUAAAUUAUUGGACGAUGAUAAGGUAUCUGGUAAAAUUGUUCAUGGAGGUCAAAGGGACAUAGUCAACCUCAAGAUUGCUCCAGCUAUAUUGCUAGAUGUCCCGGAAGAUUCUCUAAUCAUGAAUGAAGAAAUAUUUGGUCCUUUACUUGCUAUUGUGACGGUUGAUCGUCUGGAAGAGAGUUUUAAUAUAAUUAAUUCAAGACCGAAACCACUGGCAGCAUAUUUAUUUACAAACAACAAGAAGUUGAAGGAGAAGUUUGUGGGUGAUGUCUCUGCAGGAGGUUUACUGAUUAAUGAUACUACUUUACAUCUUACAGUUCCCACUUUACCUUUUGGAGGAGUUGGGGAGAGUGGCAUGGGUGGAUACCAUGGAAAAUUUUCAUUCGACACUUUCAGUCACAAGAAGGCAGUUAUGUAUCGAAGUUAUCUUGGAGAUGCCUCUGAAAGGUACCCACCAUAUACAACCCGUAAGUUGAGAUUUCUGAAGGCUGUUAUGAAUGGCAGUUUUCUUGACAUUUUCCGUGCUAUAUUGGGCUGGCCAUAAUCUGCAGAUGGUAUUCUGGUGGUUUCAUUUGUCAUGUUUUUUUAGUCUCUCUUGGCUAAAUCUGCUGAUGGUAUUCAAUUUUUCAUAUACAUAAUAUUUGUUUCGUUUGAGCAACUAAACAAUCUUCCAUCACUUGUAUUUUCCUCCUAAGAUUUACUUUUUACUUCUUGGCAUCAA